AUGCCCUCUCGCGCCGCUUUUGAAUCGACGCAGGGAAGAGUCCAAGAGGAAGAAGCAGCUCUCCGAGGGAAGACAGAGGGCUCGGAGGAUGAGGAGAGGGCCACCACGUCCGGCCAGGGUCCUCGCUUUGUUCGCGAACCACCGUCCCGGCUUCGCUUCCACAACAGCACGGGAGGCAGUGUCGAGUGCUCGGCCCGUGGACAUCCGACGCCGGAACUUCGCUGGCUCGCCCUGGACGACACCGGCGUAGUUCCCGGGACACCGGCGCUCGAUCUAUCGGGCCUGCGUAGAGUGCGCGCUGACGGCUCGCUAGAGUUCCUUCCGUUCCAUGCCGACGAGUAUCGGCAGGACGUGCACUCGGCCACUUAUCGCUGCCUCGCCUCCAACCGCAUCGGCGUGAUCGGCAGCAGGGAUGUCCACGUUCGCGCUGUUGUUCAACACCCGUACAAGCCACAAGUGUACGAUGAAUUUGUCAUCGCCGGCAACACAGCAGUCUUCCGCUGCAGCGUCCCGAGCUUCGUGCGAGACUUCCUGGAUUUCUUCGCGUGGAUACGAGAUGAUCGUCGGUACAGCAUUCUGCCCACUGGGGAGCUUUACGUGCGACACGUGGAGUCCGGAGAUCGCCUGAGAAGCUAUCGCUGCAAAACGAGGCACAAGCUGACAAAUGAAGUCGUCACGAGCGCUUCGUCGGGCAGGCUCAUCAUUCAAGAACCCCAGGGUGCUGCCUCUCCCAAGAUCACCGACAGCCACCCUUUUGUCCAUGCCGUCGAGGGACAGGAUGCUGUGGAGUUGGCCUGCGCUGCUCAGGGCUAUCCAAUUCCAUCAUACCGGUGGUACAGAGAGCUCGGCGGGCGGCUUCUGGACCUAACCCGAGACCUCAGGACAACGCAGACUGAUGUCCUCAUGCUGUCAGCGCCACUUGUCAGAGACAGCGGCAAGUAUUUCUGCGUCGUUAAUAACAGCGUCGGCGAGGAACAAGUGCGUACUACGCUUUCCGUUACCGCACCGUUGAAAGUCGAGUUGUUUCCGGCGGUUCAGACGGCCGACGUUGGUCAGCCAGCGGUAUUCAACUGCACGGUGACUGGACACCCUGUGCGGUCGUUGUCGUGGUACAAGGACCAACAACCUCUGGAGGCCAGCGCCCGGGUUUCUUUUCUUGCCACGGGCAUGCUGCGCAUAAGUUCUGUGCUCCGAGAGGACGCCGGCAUGUACCAGUGCUACGCACAUAACGAGGCCGACUCAGCGCAGGGGUCAGCUGAACUGCGACUUGGGGACGUGGCACCCUUCCUGACGUCCGUCUUCGAGGAGCAGACGCUGCAGCCCGGUGCGUCGGUGUCGCUUCGGUGUUCGGCGGCCGGAAACCCGCUGCCGCAGGUCACCUGGACUCUGGACGACGCGCCGGUGCCGGACUUCCACCGUUUCCGCGUGGGCGACUUCGUGACUGCCGACUCUGUGGUCGUGAGCUUCGUGAACGUCACCGAGCUGAGAGUCGAGGACGGCGGCCUGUACGCCUGCGCGGCGGCGAAUGCCGUCGGUGAAGCUCGCCACGGCGCCCGAGUGAACGUGCACGGUCCACCCGUCAUCCGGCCCAUGGGAAACGUCUCCGUUGUCGCCGGCACUACGCUAAGGGUGGUCUGCCCCGUCGCGGGCUACCCUAUACACAGCGUCGUGUGGUUCAAAGGCGACUCCCAGCUGCCGACCAACCACCGACAGCAGAUAGCGCAGAGCUCGCUCAGCGUGCACAACGUUCAGCGAGCCUCUGACGAGGGCGAGUACUCGUGCCUGGCACGCAGCGGGAACCUCAGCGCUCGUGGCAACACCUUCGUCAGGGUUCGAGUGCCUCCGGUUAUUGACAGCCAGAUGCUUCCUGACGUGCUGACGGCGAACGAAGGCAUGAACGUGAAAAUGCUUUGCAGCGUGGUCCAAGGGGACCCGCCCAUCACUUUACGAUGGACACGGGGUGGUCACACCGUGGCGCGCAGUGCGUCCGUGUCUCUGCAGAGCCUCGAGGACUCCUCGGUGCUGACGAUGAAAGGCGUGUCCAUGCGGGACUCCGGAAACUACACGUGCGAGGCGUCCAACAGGGCAUUGACUGUCAACAGAACCGUUUCCCUCGUCGUCAACGUGCCGCCCAUGUGGACAACCGAGCCGUCGAAUGGUAAGGUGGUCCUCGGAGGCAUCGCAGCACUUCACUGCGCCGCUGAUGGAUUCCCGACGCCUCGCAUCGACUGGAAGAGGGCCCAAGGCAGCGAACCACGCAACUUCCGUCUCGUCUCCGGGAGCUACCGAAUUCACGUACACACCAACGGUACAUUGGUCGUCCAAGACGCUGAGCUGGCAGAUGGCGGAUACUACCUCUGUGAGGCGCACAAUGGCAUUGGCGUUGGCCUCAGCCGAGUCGUGACGCUAGCCGUGAACGUGCCUCCAAGUUUUCCUUCGAAGUUCACAAGUCAGAAUGUCAAGAGGGGCCAGGAAACGGUGCUGCGCUGUGAAGCCACAGGUGACCCCGUCAUGACCAUCACGUGGGAGAAGGACAAACACCCGCUGGACCUCACCGCCGAAAAGAGGUACACCCUACUGACUGACUCAUCAACAGGAAAAAUGAUUUCAACGCUCACGAUUAAGUCAGCAGAAAGACGAGACGGGGCUCUGUAUACCUGCAUAGUGAGGAACCCAUACGGAUCGGACGAGACAAAUGUACAACUACUUGUGCAAGAGCCUCCAUCAUCGCCUGCAGAUGUCCGCGCCAUGAAGAUAUCAAGCCGGUCGAUAGAGAUAUCUUGGUCUCCUUCAUACAAUGGAAACAGCCCCAUUCGGAAGUACCACGUGCACUUCACAAACACUACAAGCUGGGACAUUCCCGGCGCGACCUCGCACCUUUCGGUUCCCGGCACCGAGAAUAGGGGCAUUGUUUACAAGCUGCUGCCGAUGACAACCGUACAGGAUAAAAGUUCGCCUGAAAAUGCCUUGGGCCACAGUGCGCCCAGUGAUACACUCGAAGUGACCACCAGUGAAGAAGCCCCCGGCGGUCCACCGCUACACGUAAAAGUUGAAGCCACUGGUUCACAAUCAUUAAAAGUGACGUGGGAGGUAUUGCAGGGCUACUACAUCGGCUACAAGGAGCAAGACCGCGACGACACCGAGUUCCAGUACAAGAACGUCGAAGCCCUGGAGACAGGCGGGUCGCGACGUCACCACAUGAGUCACCUGACCAACCUCAAGCGCAAGACCACCUACGUGGUCAAGGUGCAGGCCUACAACAGUGAAGGGGCUGGGCCUAUGUCUGACGACACCAGUGCCACCACGCUCGAAGCAGGUGAGGUGUACCUGCCACCGACAUCGCCGGCGCUGAUAUUCAAGACAAGCACAACCAAUUCGGUCACCGUUGAAUGGGAACGUUAUCCGGAUGACAUGACUGUAAGAGAUUACGUGCUCCACUACCAAGCCGAAGGUGGCGAGUGGCAGCAAAAGGCCAUCAGCACUAGCUCGAACAAGUUCACCCUGGAGGGACUCAAAUGCGGCUCUCUCUACAGUUUCUACAUGACGGCAACCAAUAGCCUUGGUACUGCCGAGCCACGUGAUAUCAUUUACGGCAGAACCAGAGGCGCAGCGCCUGUAUCUUCCAAGCGAGAGAACUUCAUCGACGUGAACGCCACAUCUGCGACACUGAAGCUGGACAUGUGGCAAUCUGGAGGCUGCCCGAUCCUCCAAUACGCUGUGCAGCUUAGGCCAAUUGCCCCUGCUGGACAACCUCAGCAGCAGCAGCAGGCCUGGAAGCUCGUGUCGGACGUCAUACCCGGACACCAGAGGCAUUUCGAGCUGCGCCACCUAUCUCCCGGCAGGGAGUACGAGGUUCGAGUCAGCGCUCACUCUGACGCCGGAACCACCGAGGCCGACUACUCAAUAAGGACGCUCAACAGGUCGCACAUGGCCGGAGUCAGCUCUACCCAUGGAUCAUCCGGGGUCCAGGCAGGAGAAGGUAGCGAUGUGCCGCUCUACCGGAACCUGUCCAUUCUACUUCCGGUCAGCGUUUCCGUGCUCGUGGUCAUCGUCGUCAUCGCAUUGGUCAUGGUGUGCUUCCGGCGGCAGAAUGACGCCUACAGCACCGCCAGUGCCGCCGAUGAGAAUCACAUGGACGACCCGCUCCGCAAGUGCCAAGGCAGCACGGAUUCCAUGAGCAUGACCGAGUUCUGCGCCAAGAAGGAACGACUACAGCAGCAAGACGCCUACGGAAAGGCCACCUCGUACUACGCCUCGCCAACACGGAAACCCGUCCCUGUUGCAUCAGGAUCGAGGAGAGGGGAGGAGGGCCACGAGUACGCCGAGCCUUACGCCGCUCUUCAGGCGCAACAGCAGCGGCUACUGGCGGAUGCCGACUGCGCUGCCGCAGUGGCGAUAGCCUACAGGGUGAGGCAGCGCACAUUUGCAUAA